CACAAACGAUGUAACACACAGAAAGUUCCGGACGAGCUAAAGGUCGUUAGAUAUCUGCGAGUGUGACAUCAGCUUAGUGUUGUCUGUUUUUAAAUCAGCCGUCUACGUUGUUUAAUACCUUGUUCAUUUGAAAAUGCCGAGAGGAAGCAGAAGCCGAACAUCUCGCAUGCCCCCUCCAGCCAGUCGGGCACCCCCAUCACCACCACCCAUGGCCAGAGCUGCACCUCCUCCCUCACAUGCUCCGGUUCCGAUGCAGGCCCCUCCGUCUGCUGUGGGGGCUCCAGCCGCAGCACCCAGGCAGCCGGGUAUGUUUGCCCAAAUGGCGACUACGGCUGCUGGAGUGGCUGUGGGUUCUGCAGUAGGACACACUAUCGGGCACGCCAUGACUGGAGGCUUUGGCGGAGGACACUCUGAACCUGCCAGGCCUGACGUCACAUACCAGGAACCAUACCAGGGCCAGGCCAUGUACCAGCAGGGAGCCCCACAACAACAGCAGCAGCAGGCCUGCUCCUAUGAGCUCAAACAGUUCGUAGAGUGUGCCCAGAACCAGAGUGACCUCAAACUCUGUGAGGGCUUUAGUGAGGUGCUCAAACAGUGCAGAUUUGCUAAUGGUAUGUCCUGAGACCAAGUCAAACACAUGGAGUGAAGAGCACACACAAACUGCAGUAGGAAAUUCUGCUGGAUACUACAAUGUUGUAGUUCCCAAGAGCUCAAUAAACAUGCUUUAUGCUUAUGGAUGAUCACCGUCUGACUGUAUUCAUUAGAGAUAUGCAGUUCUUGAAAUGUUAGUCUUAUAAAUAAUGUUUAUUUUUGAGUUGUGUGUGUUGGAUUGAUCUCAUUUGUUCUUCAUUACUUAACUUAAUCCACUCAUUUAAAGCUUAACUGCAUUUGUGGAUCACAACCUGUAAAAUUGCAAAGCCUCCGUGAACUGGAUGAUAGUUUGAUUGUUAGAAUUAUGUGUGUAGACAUAUUAAAGAUCAUAAAUCCAU